AUGCCUCAACCAUUUUCUGAUACUAUCAAGUCUUCAGACACCCACGACUACAACUCUCGUUAUACCUUGUUUCGCUCGAAUGCGAAGUACACAGCGAGAGACGACAUGAUGGGGCGCCUUUAUGAACUCCUCAUGCUCUAUCUCCAGGAGGCCUUUUACUUCCUGUUGGCAGAGUCCAUAGUGCUUCUUCUUUUUGAAGUGCCUAUGGGCUCGGUCGCCGACAUCCUCCUGUGUCCUGUGUUUGCGGUGCCAGUGACUGACGUUCUUGACGUCCUGGCCUUCUGCUGCAUAUCAGCCACCGCAUCUUCGCUAUUCGGGGUCCUCAUCACAUUCCCCCAAAUUGCACCCAACGACUUGCGUGACUUCAUGCUGGAUGCAUUUUACCAUGCUCCUGUGGUCGCAGAUACGCCCGAAUACGAGUGGGAAGGGAACAGGGAACUCUACCUGUCCUUCCACUACGGAUUCAUGGUAUUCGUCCUCUUGUUCAUUUUCCUGUGCCUCGCGGCCGGGAUCAUGAUUCAGCCUGAGGUACCAUCCUGGCGGCCAUCGUAUCCAUCCUACGCUUGGCCCGCCCGUAUCUGCACCAUCCCACGCGCUCGUCUGGCCGAUAUCAUCGGUGCUUGCUUGCCAAUUCCUUCACAGGUUCUAGACUGGUCUUUACAGACCAACCAAGCUCUGUUUGUCGUCGUCUACCUUGGCUGGACGCUCUCUGCAGUUCUCCUCGCCGCCUGGACGACAAACAUCUUGGCCACGACCAUUGCUCUCUCUUCUCUGCUUUGGUCGGGCGUCCUGUCAGGACUACGCUGGAAAGUCCUGACACCGACGCCGUGCCUCGGAGGAUUAAGCACCGAUGAUCAAGUGUUUUGCUGGGGGCAAGUACCAGUUCUCUACCUGCGGUCCAUUACGGCUGGAUUGGCAGACUGGUACGACAAUAUGUAUGAGGACGACAGUGUGCGACACUUCCCCAUUUUCACCCUCCCCAUCGCCGGAGGUCUUACUGCCAUUGCCUGCGAACUCCUCUGGCAAGACAAGUACCCAGGCCUCUACACGCCGGAGUUUGUAAGAGAGGAGACCCGUCUAAAAAACGAGGUUCUCCUCGAUUACCAAACUUUCCUGGCUGGCCUGGUCAGUAAGACCGAUGGGCUGAAGGAAGUUCUCGUCGCAAUGUCCGGGCUACUUGCCAAUGCGCUGGCCCAAAACAAGGUGCUCUAUCACCGCCUCCUAUCUCUGCAAACCGCAAACUCUGAGCUUGAAAAGAGAUGCGACCAGAUCCCGCUGUACGCAUCCACACUCUCCCGUAACAGGGAUGAGUGCUUCUUGCUCAGAAGACAAAACACGGCUUUGCACGACCAACUGGACGCCUUGCGUCCUGAUACCGACGGCAAUACGGCUCUUUCGAAGAUUCAAGCGCUGGAAACCCAGCUAACUACCUUGCACCAGGAGGUAGAGAUUCUUCGAAAGGCCGGUCUGGAGAAAGAGCAAGAGCUUCGCUCCCUCCACCAGGCGGUAUCGACGGCCACGUCCAAGGCAACGGAGGCGGAGAAAAGGGCAGAUCACCUGUUCCAAGAACGUUCCAAUCAGACAAUCGACGCAGAGAGUCUGCGCCAGCAAUACUCGACACUGUUUAGCACCUGUGAACAGCUGUCGAGCGACAAGCAAAUCCUGGCGCAGCAACUUCAUGAGGCCUCGAACAAAGCGCAGCUCGCCCAGAAUUUCGAAAUGAACAUUCGAUCUUCCUGGAAAGCAUCCGAGCAGCGUGUUUGUUCCCUCACGACUGAGCUUGCCACUUUGAAGGCUCAGCACGACUCUUGCGUCCACGAGCUCGGUGAAGCAACCCAACGGCUUGACGUUACGACAGCCACGCUCAAGCUCCAGUCCGAGGAGCUUGGUGCGACAGAAACCGAGCUCGCCGACAAAGAAGCCACCCUGGCGCAGUUGACGAAUACUCUUCGUCAGACCGAACAUCGCCUGGCGGAAUUGGAACCUUCGGCAACACAGCUGAUCCACGAUCAGCAUAAGAAACACGAAGCGCGCCAACUGAGAGACAAGCUCGACAAGGAGAGAGCAGAGAACCGCGUCCUCCGCGAGAACAUGUCACAGCUGGAGACUGAGCUCCGCCAACUUCGAAGCCAAGCCAUGGGCCCCAGCCCAUCCGCUUCCUUGUCUCGCAGCCAGUCCGAUACCGAUCCUGAAAAGGAGAGGCUGAGGAGUGAACUGAGGAACAAGGAGGCGGAGCUUCAGGGAGUGAGGCUCCAGCUGUCCAACGCUCAGUUGGCCCACAGACGUCCCGGGUCAAACCCCUUCAUGCCGCCACGCCGCAGGCUUCUUGUCGAUCGUCAAGGAAAAACUACUUUGCCUCCUUUUCUAUUCAUUGGGUGGGCGACUGCCGCCGCAUCGUCGACAACUAUUAGUUUUAGGCUUCAAACAGCUGAAACUACCCAAAGAUCAACCAACAAUAACACCGGCGAUAAGCUUAUUGCCUCAAACUUUAGCCAAGAUGCUUUGGGUGUUAUGAUCAUCCGCGACGAAGACACAAAGGAGACCGAAGCCAACUCGUGGAUUCCCGUGGCCAAGUUGCUCAAUUCCGAUCACAUCUAUGGCAUACUUUCUCUCUCUCUAUCAACGCGUCUGGGCUGGAUAGGUCAUCAUAUCAUCAAGUUGACGGAGCAGUUUCGUUAUCGCUCUAUCUUUACCGAGUGGCCGAACAAGAGGACUUAUAAGGGGCUUCUCACUAGCCACCAACGUACCGAAGCAAUUAAGGUCAAUGCCAACUUUUCAAAAGCAAUAGCAAAUGAAUUUGCUUUCAACGGCGAUGCAUCGACCUAUUUUGGCAACAUGGUGGCUAGCGUAGAAGGCUCCACAUGUGUCGUCGAUGAAGUCUCGAAGAGUCGACACAAUGACCAUAACUGGAAAUACUCUGAGUACACAAAGUCGUAUCGGGAUGAUAGCAUCGAGGAAUGGGACCUUUUCAAAAAGUCGGAUCAGUGUCGUGCUAUGGGACAGCCCGGCUUUACAAACACGGCAGGGCUGCUAUCUCGACCCUCAAACAACAACAUAUGGAGCCGUGCUACCGCAAAACCUCGCAAGAAUUCGUAUUCGGACUUGAUGUUGCCUUGUGAUACGAUGUGA